UCAAGAUGCCAGUGCCAUAAAUUGGGAUAAAAUCUGUUAUUUUCUAUUUAAAAAAAUGGAUUUGUUAUAUCUAUUUUAUAAUAUAUAGUACAAAUAUAAGUAGAAAACAAAUUAAUCGAAUAUUUAAUGUUUAUUAGCUUCAUUAAUUUGUGUAAUUUGUGCCAAAAGAAGUGAUUCUAUCUAUAAGUGCGAAAAAGUCUUUCCAAAAAUGUAAUGUGGUUGCAAUACAGUUGUGUUUUGAUAACAUUUUUCAUUUAUAAAAAAAAUUCCCUUUAUUUCUGUGAUUUAUGAAAGCAUCGCAUCUACUUUAUGUGAAAAAAACUGGAGAAGUGAUUUACAGUUAACCUGUAUAUUAACAGUUUUCAAAAAAUCAUAAUUUUUAUAUUCGCAAACAACAAACAAUAAAUAGGUAAUUUCAAUUUUCUAAACAAAAUGUUUUGAAUUCAAAAAAUACUCAACUACAGUGAUAUAGUUAUUUAUCGAUUUGUUACCUGCUUUUUUAAGUAUUUAAAAAAAUGCAUCGUAAAGUUGUAAAAACUUACGAUCGUAAGAACAAAGGCAAGUUUGAUUCCUCGACAAUUCAAGGACCAGCAAGCACAAAAUCAAAGGCAAUUAAAAAAAUAAAGGAAAAGGAAGUAUUUAAUGAUACUUUAGACGAUCCAUUCGAUACAACUUUUGAUCGUAUCUAUAAGGAAUUUAAGAAGCAACCAAGUGCACCACCAGUUGCUGAAUUAUCUCACAAUGAUUCUAUUAAAGAAAAUUCAGAAUCCAGUUUUCAAGACGAAUCAUCAAUUUAUAAAUCAAAAAAGAAACCAAGACCGGAAAAAUCUCACAAUGAUUCCAUUAAACAAAAUUCAGAAUCCAAUUUUCAUGACGAAUCAUCAAUUUAUACACCAAAAAAGAAAUCAAGACAGGAAAAAUCUCACAAUGAUUCUAUUACACAAGAUUUAGAAUUCAAUUUUCAUGACGAAUCAUCCAUUUAUAAACCAAAAAGGAAAUCAAGACAGGAAAAAUCUCACAAUGAUUCUAUUACACAAGAUUCAGAAUCCAAUUUUCAUGACGAAUCAUCAAUUUAUAAACCAAAAAAGAAACCAAGACAGGAAAAAAUAAAACUUUUAGCGAAAAGAAAACAAUUAAUUGAAGAUGAUUCACUGAGUUUUAUUAAAAGUAGUUCAUUACUAAAUGAAAAUUCCGUGAAUUUAAUUUCAAAAUUAAAAAAAUGUUCAAUUCCAUUAGAACCAUGUGAUUGGAUUCCAAAGAAAGAGGAAUUGAAAAUAAAACCCUGUUCAAUUAAAAUAUCACGUUUGACAGUGCCUGAUGUGAUAAAGGAAGAUUCAGAAAAGAAAAUUAGCAGUACUACAAAAAGAAAAUGUGAGGAGAAUUCAGAUAGAAAGGUAAAAAAGUCUAGAAUAGAAGAGAGUUUCAACAAAAGUCCUCAAACAUCGAGGGAGAAAUCAAUUAAAAUACUCGAAUCAACUAAAAAGUUUGAUAGUUUUCUAAGUGAUUUACAAACGGAAAAAAAGGAUAAUAAACAAUUACGAAAAGUUGCCAGUGCUGGGGAAAUAAUUAAAAGUCCGUUAAUUUUGAAAAAUUGCAGUGUUAGUUUAACUCGAUUAAAUUCACCAUCAGUGUCGUUUAGAAAUUUAAUAAGUAGUACUCCAGUAGUGAAGAAAAAGGGAAGUUUACCAAUGACUUUAGAAAUUAGUAAUAUUCCAUCGCCAAUAAAUGAGAGUAAUAAAAUUCCCCAUCAAUCCGUCGAAUCAAUAAUAACGUCAAAUCAAUUUAAAGCACCAUCUACUCGAUUAGAACUCAGCAAAUCGAGAAAUAAUUGUACAGAAAAUUAUCAAGAGAACACCGAGACUUGGAAUAAUUCCUCCGAUUAUUCGUCAAUCGAUUGGGAAACUAUUAGUUACAGUGAAUCACAACUCGCUAAAGAACCAUCACUUCAAAGAAAAUUCCGAUCGCUUCCCCUCGAAGAUAAAAAAUCAAAUUUCACGAAAAGUCGAUCAUCACUUUCUGAGAGUAGCGCAAAAAAUAAUUCAUCAUCAAUCAAUGAUUCUAGUUUGAAGAGUGAAUCGAAGAAUAAAAGUUUACAAAUCUCCCUACAACCAUGUCACGUUGGUACCAGAAGAUUUUUGAACAAGAGUCCAGAAUUUGAAAAAUCAUCUUCCUUAUUCGACGAUUCAAAAUUCAAUUCAAAGACUUUGAAUGAAAUAAAUUCUUCUUCAUUUGCUUUAUCAAAUUCGAAUAAUAAUUUAUCGAACUUUUCAAAAUUAUCGGUGAAUUUAACUAAAUUAGAAUAUCCCGAAUCAAUCACAAAUUCAUCGAUUUUAGAACAAAGUGACUUGAAGGGUUUUGAACAAAAAUUGGAACUCAAGAAACUAUCGCCUAUGACUUCGAUACCCACAAGUAUUGUCUAUUCCAUUGUUGCCGAGGAUUCGAAAAAUAAUUCAUCAUUCAACGACAAAAGUUUAGAUGAAAAAACAAGUAAAUCGAUUACUUUGGAAAAUUCCAAUCUUAGAAAAUGUCUCGAUUAUGAUGAUGAUGAGGAUUCUGAAAUUGAAAAUAAUUCCACUAAUCCAAAUGAGAGUGAAAUUACCAGUAAAUCAAAUCUAGAAGAUUCGAUAAUUGAGUCUUCAAUCAAAAAGGCCGAGGAUUCAAAAACAAAUUUAGAAGCUUCGGUAAUUCUUUCGCCUUUAAAACUAGAGUGUCCGAAAAAAACAGAUCUUUCAAUUAUUAACGAGAGUGUAAAUUCUACAAAUUCUACAAAUUUCACAAAUUCUACCACAAAAGACAACGAUUCACCAAAAAUUCAAAAUAGUAACUCUUCAUCGAAAAAUAGUGAAAAUAUACCAAAAAAUAAAAAAAGUGGACAAUACGAAAAGUAUGUAAAACAAUUUAAAAAGAAUCAAACAUCCGAAGAAGAUGUAGAAGAUGCGGAAACAGUAAUUUUCGAAAAUAGCCAAACAUUGAAGAAAUUUGCUCAAAAUGUAUUAAAUGAAAAAAGUACUGAAAAUAAUUCACAAACAAUGGCUGUGAAUAAUAAUAAUAAUAAUAAUAGUGAAAUUAAUCGAAAAGAAUCUUUAAAUGGUUUAAGAGAUUCAAUUCGAAUAACGCAGAGACGUAAAAAUUAUCAAAAUUGGGGAUUACAACUUUCUAAUAUUUCGGAAAAUGAAAGUGGACAUUCGGAUGAAAUUGAAAUUGUUAAUACUAAUGAGGAUGUGGAGAAAAUUAUAGAUUCUUCAAUGAAUAGUUCAUUAAAUGAAAAUUUACCGGAACAACAAUUAUUUUUGAAACCCGGUAAAUCAUGGGCAAGAUCAUUGUCAAUUUUAAAUAAUAUUCAUUCACAAAAUGAUGUCGAUAGAUUUUCUAUUGGGAAAGGAAAGAAAUGGAGGCACAGCGUUAUUUCCAUUCUCGACAUGCAAAAUAAAGGAAAUUUACAAAGUUGUUUAAAAAAACAAGAGAAUGGAAAUGUUGAUAGUCAGAGAAUUGAGAGAUUUACUUCAAUUGGAUCAACGAGUCCUCUUCGUGUUUUUAAGAGGAUUUCCAUUCGUGUUGUGCCCGAUGUUAAUAAAUUCGACAUCGAAGAUGAAGAUACUCAAUUUUUGGAGGCUUUCGGUAUUCCCUCGAGUCAAACGGUUUCUCAAAAAUCAUUAAGUUUACAAGAAAAUGUGAAUAUUACAGCUUCACCCGAAAAAAAUUUGGAGAAUUUAGAAGAUAGCGUUUUGGAAGCUGUCGAUUCUCAACCUGUUGCGACUGCAAAAUGUGUUGUUUUAGAAAAAUGCCAUCAAUCCGACUAUUUAUCAUUUGCACAAUGCUAUCCCAACAAAUUCUUAAAGAGUUGUCGAAAGAUCGGUGAAGGUGUUUAUGGUGAAGUUUUCCUUCACAAUGAAAAUUCGGAAAGUUCUGUAAUAAAGAUUAUUCCAAUUGAAGGUGAUGAUCUUGUGAAUGGAGAGCCGCAGAAGAAAUUCCAUGAAAUUUUAUCAGAAAUUGUAAUUGCCAAGGAACUUCACGAUCUUCGAUUCAAUGAUAAAUACAAUACAUCGAGUUUUGUUGAAGUGAAAAAUAUAAAAUGCAUUAUGGGCAAAUAUCCGACAAAAUUAAUUGAACACUGGAAAACUUAUGACAAUGAAAAAAAAUCGGAAAACGAUUGUCCAUCAAUGUUUGAAAAUGAUCAAUUGUACAUUUCACUGGAACUUGGUAACGGUGGACAGGAUUUAGAAGCUUUCGUUUUUCAAAAUGCCAACGAGUGUUAUUCGAUUUUCAUUCAGGCAGCCAUUGCAUUGGCCGUUGCAGAAAGAAGUCUGGAAUUUGAACAUCGGGAUUUACAUUGGGGAAAUCUUUUAAUAUCAAGAACGAAAAAAUCGCAAAUUUCUUAUAAACUUGGAAAUUUGGAUAUCAAUUUACCCACAAAUGGUUUGAAGGUGGCAAUAAUUGAUUUCACACUUUCUCGAAUGUCAUACAAAGGUUGUUGUAUUUUCAAUGAUCUAGCACUAGAUCCCGCAUUAUUCACUGCUGAGGGCGAAUACCAAUUUGAAAUUUAUCGUCUAAUGAGAGAUAAAUUGAGUAACGAUUGGCAAACGUUUGAGCCCUACACAAAUAUUCUUUGGCUGCAUUACACAAUAGAUAAAAUGAUAACUUCAGUUCGUUACGAUAAAAAGAAAAUGACAACAAAAAUUCAUAAAAAUGGAAUCGAAAAAUUGAAGAAUUUGAAAAAGGAAAUCCUCUCCUAUGGCAGUGCGUACGAUUUAGUGACUGAAUGUGAUAAAUUUACUGUUCUUUAUAAAGAUCUCAAUUAUUCGACUGAUGAUGAUAAUAAUAAGUAAGUUUUUUUGUAAAUAUAAAAAGUAUUUUUUUUUCUUUUUAUAACGAGAUUUAAGUUUUAGUCAAUUAGGAGAAGUUAUCUAUUAUUAUUAUUAUUAUAAAACGUAUAAAAAGCUAAAAAUAUUGUUAGUUAAUAACAUUUUUAUAAAUAUAAUAAUAUAAAAAAGGCUCAAUACUCCCAACAUUCAUUAUCGAACUUAGUAAAAAUUUCAGAGAUGAAUGUCAAAAAAGCCUACUUUUGAUUUUCUGUAAAUAUUAUUUUGGUUUAAUUUUAUUUUCUUUAGUUCAUUUUUAUUUUAUUUCUUUUUCUAUUUUAGUUUGCUUUAGCUUGCUUUUUUAAUUAAGAAUUAUUUUUCUUUUAAAUUUUUUCUAUUCUUUUUGCUCUCUAAGUUUUUUGGAAAUAUACAUUUCAUAUAGAAAUUAAAUUAAUAACACAAAUUGUAUUAACUUUUACUUGACUUUAAUUUGUAAAGGUUUUUUCAAUUAUAUAAAAAUUUAUAAUAUGAAUAAUAUUGAUGGAAAAUUACAUUUUGUUAACGGUGGUAAAUAUUGUUAUUUAAUACAUUGCCACUGUAUUCAUCGUUACAAUAAUUUUCAUUGUUAUAUUAACAUAAAGAAUUAAGAUAAAAAUGCAUAUUUUAAAUUGUUUUUUUUUUAAUACAAAAAAAACUAUUAUAGUGUAUAAUUUUCAAAAGUUGAAAAAUUAAAAUUUAUUUUCUCCCGAAUAUAGUCUUCCUACCAUUUUUUUCAACAAUAAUAUUUGUGUAAAAUUAAUAAUAAAUCGUUUAAACCUUCUUUGGUGGUUCUUGAAGGCAACGAAUUAAAAAACAAAAAACGAAUUCAACCAAAUAAUGUUUGUCAACAAUAAUCAUUAUUUGGAAUUCAAUAAAACUUGUGCUGUUUAGUUUACUUUGCAUGAUUCUCAAGUACUGGAAUUUUUCACAUAUUUAAAUUUUUUUUUCUUUUUAUUUUUCCUAUGUUUUAACAGUUUUUCAAUAUCUUACUAAAUUUGUUAAGUUAAUACAGUAUGUUUAAUCUUCAUUAUUAUUUAGCAAUGAUGAGUUAAACAUUUAACAUUAUUUAUAACAAUUUUUCUUCGUGAAAGAUAUCGAAAGAUAUCAAUUUUGCCAUCGAUUUAUAAACAAGAUUUUUUUCAUUCAUUUAAUCACAAGAUUUUCUUUUUAAUUUCAUAUACACAUUAAUUUUAAGGGCUUAUGACACAUUUUCACUUCAUUUUUAUUUAGAUGCGCAGUGUGAAUUUUAUUAUUCAAAAUUUAGGGACGUAAUAAUGUGUCAAUUAAAGUCAUCGAAAAAAUUCCAUUUGUAAAAUAUGUAAUAUAUAAAUUAAUUUUCAGUCAUUUAAUCAUAUUUUUUAUUUUAUAUCUUUUUUCAUAAUAAGAAUAUUAAUCAAUAAUUAAUAAAAUUAAUAAUUAAUAAUUAAUAAUAUUGAUAAUAUAAUAUAAUAUAAUAAUUGUAAUCAUAAAAGAAGAAUAAUACAGUAGAUCUAUGUAAAUAAUUUGCUGCCAAUUAAUUCGGAUAGUAAUUUAAUUAAAAGAGCAGCAACUCAAAUUGAACGAUAAUUAUUAUUUUCGUUAAUCUGAGCACAUAUUGUAAAUAUAUUUAUAUAUUUUUUUUUAUAUUAUAAGUUAGUUUUAUCCUGUGAAACCAUUGUAGAUUGUAUAAGCAAACUUCGAACAGAAGUUACAAAUUCUGAUGAACUUUUUUUUCCUUUUUCUCUCUUUUACGUAUAUAAUAAUAAUUUUUCUAAAAUCUUAUAAUUUGCUAAAACAAUCGUUUUCAUCUGAUGUAGUUUAUUAAUUAUAAGGAAGGCAUAUUAUAGAGAUGGAGAAAACGAAAUUCAAAAUUAGCUAAAUGAGUGAAGGAUUGAAGUAUAAUAUUUUAAAACAUAAUUAGAUUUUUUAAAACACCCAUUACGAAUUCUCUUUUUAUAAUCGAAAUAAAUAUAUAAUUUAUUACAUAAAAUCAAUUCUGAAUUUUCAAAUUAAAUUUCUUUCUUCUAACAUUUGGCAGUUGAAUUUAUAUUUGAUAUUUGAAACUGUUUUUUUGUUUCACAAAUUAUUUUCACCGGUAUUUAAAAGCGUUCUUUUUCGUCUUUUAUGCUUUAAGAGCAAGACACUUUAAAAAAUCAUUUUUCAUCAAACUUGGAGUUACAUUAUUUUGUGUCUUGUAAGAAAUCGAACUUUCCUUUUUCAAUAGCAAGAAAAUCUUUUUUAAUCUCAAUGCAAAGAAAUUUUUUCUAAAUUAAAAAUUUUCUAAUUCGAUUGAAAAAAAAAUUAACUAAAAUUAUUUACAAUUAAAAGUAUUUUAAAUUUUCGAUAAAAAAUUUAUCACCAGGACAUGUGAUACAAAAAGACAUCACCGGUAAAUAUUAAAUUAAAUUUUCAAGUCGAUUUCUCGAUUUUUCUAGUUUUUAAUCUACUUUAAAUAAUUAAUCUUUUUAUUGAAAUAUUUACUCUUUUAUCACAUGUCCAAUUAUAAUUUCCGAGUUUCAAAUAAUUUUUAUUUGAAAAAAAACUAGUAUGAAAAUCAAUAAAAUUUCGCUUGAGCGCUUUAAAAAUUUCCAAUAAUUUCUAGUUUGUUCACUAUAAUAUUAUGUAUAUGCAAUCUGGUUUCUAUUUUCAAAACUACUUUGCAACUUUGAGCAGUGCUUGUUAUUUUGUUUUUUUUUCAAAAGUCAAAUACUUUGGUACUUGCAACAGGCCUAUUUAAAAUUGCCUCUAAAUCCUUUCAAGUAAAUCGCAUAAAUGAAAAAUUGUCUUCUAAUUAAAAAUGUAUAAUGUAAUAAUUAGCUGCCUAUUUUUUUUAUAUUCUGCGGAGUGUUCUGUAAAUAUAGUUCGUAUUCUAAAAAAUGAAAAAUCUGUUUAUUUUUUAGUAAUAAUUAUGUUUGUGUAAUGUGUAUUAUGCAUGUUUUUUUUACGUAGGUAUAAAAUAGCCACUUAUAUAAAGGAGUCGCUUCCUACGAUUUUUCUUUUCCUCGUUUUAUAAACAGGUACUUUUACCUGCAUUCACGUUAUCUUUGACAAUAGUUGUAGGCACGAUAGGGUAUCUAAUUUUAAAAACAUAAUAUUAGCGUAGAACAGUUGUUGAUCUAUUAAAAAAAAAAUCAUAACUUUGCUUAAAGCAAAGAUGAUUCUUUCUUUUUUUCAUUAAAUAGAAAUAUGUAGCAUUUUUGCCUACUUUCUUGAAAAUUUAUCAAUCAAUCUGCUCGUUUUUCAUUAGUAAAAAUGUGAAUCUAUUAUUCAAUCUAUAUCGAUAUUUUAAAGAGUUUAUAUCUCACAAAAUUAUAACUCACUUGUAAAUUUCGAUAUUUUUAUUGAAAAAUAUUUAAUCGAAAUAAAAUCACAUAUCAUUAUUCUAGUUCUUUCCCUAAAAUCAAAAGAUCGAUUAAAGAAAAAAUAAAUUUAAUAAUAUAUUAAUAUAAAUACAAAUUGAUAUUCUUUUAAUCACCUAAUGAGCUAAAAUAAUAUAAAAUUUCUUUCGGAACUAGAAUUCGAUAUGUGCGUUCAAUAUUCUUAAAAUUUUACAAAAUUACAAAAUAAAUCAUUAAUAUUCAUUUAUCCUUCUUAUUGUCCGUAAAUUUUUAAAAGUGAGUUAUAAAAUUUUCUCAAAUUCUUCGAAUAAUUUUCUUUUCCUAUUCAACAAGUUAUUCACGAUUUUUUCUCUUUGAUAAUUUAAAGAUUCUAAUUUGUCAAAUAGUUAAUGUUAAUUUUUCUCAACGUUACUAUUAAUAAUUAAUCGUUAAUAGGUAUUAAAUAUUAAUAUUAACUAUCAAUAUUAAAUCACAAUAUUUAUUAU